AUGCCAACUGCUCGUCAUUUCUUCCCAGAAUCCGCAGUUCUUAUCGUACUAGGCCUUUUUGCUGGUUUUUCCAUUUAUGAGUUAUGGACCGUUGAUCUCUAUUUGCAUCCAGAUCUAUUUUUUCUAUAUCUUCUACCUCCAAUUGUACUAGAGGCCGGGUACUUCAUGCCAAACAAAGCAUUCGUCAGCAAUAUCACAACGAUAUCAUUAUUUGCCGUCGCCGGAACGGUGAUGAAUAUCUUUUUGACAAGUAUCACAUUCUUCUCAUGUUGUCUUUCGUUAUUUGAAGAAAUACAUGUCAAUAAACUGCUUUACAUCACAGUUUUCGGAGAGUCAUUGCUCAAUGAUGCAGUCACGGUGGUCCUUUACCAUUCGUUCCACUCUAUGGUCCGUAUUGGACAGGCUCAUCUGAUAUAUCAAGAUUAUACAAUGUCGAUGAUGAACUUUUUCCUGGUUUCUGGUGGUGGAAUUUUAGUUGGAGUAGUGUUUGCAGUGUUUGCGGCUCUAGGAGUGAAAUGGAGCGCAAAUGUAUCAGUUCUACAGCCGAUUAUUUGUAUUACUGUACCAUACAUGGCAUACUUGUGUUCGGAAAUUGUGCAUGUUUCUGGGAUUUUAGGAAUUGUUGUUUGCGGUAUCUGCAUGAAAUCUUAUGUGACCGGAAGUAUGGAGGAAAGAGCGGAUAUCACUGUGAAGUACACACUAAAAACGUUGUCGUCUUGUUGCGAAGCUGUGAUUUUUGUCUUCUUGGGAUUUUCUAUCUUUUCCAAGGAUCACAUGUGGGAUAUUGGGUUUGCCGUUGUCACCGUCAUCACAUGUUUUGCCGCAAGAUUUUUAGUUGUUUUCGUCCUCUCCUGGGUUGCAAACAAGUGGAGAAUGCAAAAAAUCUCUCUGAGAGAUCAAACAAUCAUGGCUUUUGGUGGGCUCCGAGGUGCAAUUUGUUUCGGAUUGGUGUUGACCAUUGAUGGUGAGGUUGUCCCGGCAAAACCUAUCAUGAUAUCCACUACUCUGAUUGUGAUUGUGUUUACUGUAUUCAUCCAGGGAACAAUGAUCAAACCAUUGGUGUCGUUUUUGAAUGUGAAAAUCGACAAUGCUUAUGACAAAAGUUUAUUCGAAAGUUGUAUGGAGCAUUGUUUCGAAGACGCUAUGUGUGGUGUUGAAGCAAUAAUCGGUUCUCAUGGGCAGUAUUAUUGGAAGAAUAAGGUCGACAAAUGGAACACCCAGUUUUUGGAACCUGCAUUGUCACGGCAAGACAUGAACCGAGGACGACGGCUAGUGAAGAAACUGACUGAUAUGACAACUGAUGAGCAGAGAGAAGCGUUGCUGCAUGACGAUGUGACUGAGCUAGACCCAUGA